AUGACGGUCACACUGCUUUUUUUCUGGGUUGAUGACUGGCUGCAGGUAGGGAAGCUAUUGGAUAUCACUGGUGCUGUAGGAACUUACUACCUUGGGGUUUCCCGUAAUGCUAGAGUGAGUGAUGCAGUAACACAGGCCCACUGGAGUAUACGAGGACAUCGAAACCGACAUUUCCAUGAUUUGUAUGCCCGCAUAAGGAACGAGCGAAUUCCGCAUGAUGAAUAUGGAAGCGACCUGGUACUUUGGAAGCACUCGGAGGACAACUAUAAACCACAUUUCUCAUCGAGCAGAACCUAUGAUCAGAUUCGAAUAAGGAGAAGUAAAGUGGGCUGGAGCAAAAGUGUGUGGUUUUCCCAAGAAGUUCCUAGAUACUCAUUCAUAGUAUUGCUGGCAGUGAAAAAUAUAUUAUCUACAGGAGAUCAUAUGAGGGCUUGGGGUAUUCAACAGAGUUGUGUGAUGUGUGGAGAACCGGAUGAGACUAGGGAUCAUAUCUUCUUUGCUUGUCCGUACACCUUCACUGUUUGGGAUAGACUUGCUGGUCGGUUAAGUGGUGGUAGAAGUGAUCCAAAUUGGGAUACUACCUUGCAGUUUAUUACUAACAAUGACCUUGGGAGCAUCGACAAGAUCCUCAUCAAAAUGGUUUUUCAGACCUGCAUCUAUUAUAUGUGGAAGGAUAGGAAUGAGCGACGUCAUCAGCGAGGUUUUCGCACUGUGGACCAAGCUGUUCGAGUCAUUGACAAGGCCAUACGAAACGGAAUCAGCUCUCUUCGAUACAAGGCGGAUCAUAAGCUAGCAGGCCUAAUGCAACGCUGGUUUGAAGUGUUCUAA